AUGAUAUCCAGCUCAAGUUCCUUCACCUCGAUCCCCGUCUUAGAUUAUGCCCAGGCAUUGUCAGCAGAUGAUAGGCCCAAGUUUCUCGCCAACCUGCGCAAUGCCUUGGUCAACGUGGGCUUCUUUUACCUCAUCAACGCCCCGAUUGCGGCUCGGGUGCGCGACGAGCUAAUCGAGAAGACCUUCCACAUAUUUGAUCUGCCACUCGAGAAGAAGCUGGAAAUCGAAAUGGUCAACAGUAAGCAUUUUCUGGGAUACUCUAGACUCGGAGCAGAGACCACAGCUCGGCAAAUCGAUUAUCGAGAGCAAUUCGAUUUUGCGACUGAGUUGCCUCCUCCAGCGCCCGAUGCACCUCUCUACCGUAAUAUCAGAGGUCCGAAUCAGUGGCCCGAUGAGAAAGCCAUCCCUGGCUUCCGUCACGCCGUCGAGGCGUACCUGGCUGAGAUGAGCCCAGUUGCCGAGGCAUUCAGGACCCUCAUCGCAGAAGCACUGGACUUACCGCCGACAGCACUACAGCAAUUCUUCGAGAACCCAACACAGCAGAAGCUAAAACUGAUCAAAUACCCACCCCCAUUAACUCCAUCCGAAGCACAAGGCGUCGGAGCCCACAAGGAUUCCGAAUUCCUGACAUUCUUACUCCAAGCCACACCGCAUACCGGACUUGAGGUGCAAAACAAAGCAGGGAAAUGGAUCCCCGCGCCGCCAAUGCAAGACUCGUUAGUCGUCAACAUUGGUCGCGCGCUCGAGGCUAUCACUGGCGGGGUCUGCACAGCCACAACGCACCGAGUAAAUUUGGAAGCGGAGAAUUUCGUCGAUGCGCAGGGGGCGCCUCUGGGACCGCGGUUUUCUAUUCCUGUGUUUCAAGGCAUGAGUCUGGACUUAUCAGCGGAGAAUAUUUCCCUCGACAUCCCGGCGCAUAUCAAGGAUCUGAUCAAAGAUGACAAAGUCAGAUCAGAUGCCGAGGCGACCUUCAAUAAAAUAUUCAAGGGACGGGUCGGCGAAGGUACGCUCAUACAUCGGGUCAUGAGCCACCAGGAUGUCGGGCGGCGGUGGUAUCCGGAGUUGUUAGACUGGGCCUUGGGCGAGUAUGAGAAGUAG